AUGCGACGCUACCUGAGCGAACUCCAGCGAAACCCUUUGCCGAUAUACUCCGCUGGGUUGGAGGCGGAGGACCCGUACGUGUGGGCUGCGACGAUCACCGGUCCACCGGAAACCCCCUACGAAGGGGAUAACUUCAACCUGCGCAUCUUUUUCCCGCCGCAGUUCCCCUGGAAUCCACCAAACAUGCACUUCCGGACCCCCAUCUUCCACCCCAAUGUGAGCGAUCGCGGCAACAUCAUCCAUCCGUUGCUCAUGUCUGAUACGUGGUGCAUCGCGACUUCAGUGGCCCAGAUGUUGAUGACUCUGGCCUAG